ACAUGUCAAAUUAGUCACUUGCGAAUUGCAUGCAGAGAACAGAGCAUCACUCAUCAUUUUUACCACUUUUACUCGACGUUUCUACUCAACAAAGAUGGCAUUCAGCUUAAAAAAGGUUUUAAUCAGUGACAGUGUGUCACCACGAUGCGCGGAAAUCUUGAGGGAAAAUGGAAUCGAAGUCGACAACAACACAAAACUGAGCAAAGAGGAAUUAUUGGCCGAAAUCCCGAAAUACGAUGGUCUCAUCGUCCGCUCGGCCACCAAGGUGACGGCUGAUGUCAUCAAAGCAGGCACCAACCUGAAGAUCAUUGGUAGGGCCGGCACCGGGGUCGACAACAUCGACAUCAAGGCCGCCACGCGUCAAGGAGUGAUUGUCAUGAAUACACCUGGUGGUAAUACCCUUAGUGCUGCUGAACACACAUGCGCCAUGGUAUGCUGUUUAUCAAGGAGCUUGCCCCAGGCCCACGCCACCCUCAAGGCCGGCAAGUGGGAUAGGAAGGCAUUCAUGGGAUCAGAACUCUACGGCAAGACGCUCGGCAUUGUGGGAUUAGGAAGGAUCGGACGAGAAGUUGCCCAACGUAUGCAGUCCUUUGGGAUGACAACUAUUGGUUUUGACCCCAUCGUGCCUGCUGAGGAAGCCAAGCAGUAUAACAUUGAGUGGCAGACUUUGGAGCAGAUGUGGCCGAGGUGUGAUUACAUAACAGUACACACCCCUCUCAUACCACAGACCAAAGGUCUUCUUGGUGAUGCAUCGUUCAAGCUUUGCAAGCCGGGUGUGAAGGUUGUCAACGUAGCUCGUGGUGGGAUCAUCGACGAGGAAGGCCUUGUCAGGGCUCUUGAUGCUGGGCAGUGUGGUGGUGCUGCCCUCGAUGUCUUCGUACAGGAACCCCCAACGUAUACCGCCCUCAUCCAGCACCCUAAGGUGAUCGUCACCCCUCAUCUUGGCGCAAGUACCGUUGAAGCGCAGGAGAGAGUAGCCUGCGAGAUCGCUGAGCAGUUCGUGGAUGGCGUCAACGGAAAGUCACUGUUUGGUGCUAUCAAUGCCCAAGCUCUGUCCAAUGCCCUCACACCCGAGACGAAACCGAUGGUGUCCUUGGGUCAAGGGUUAGGUGUCGUGGCCGCUUCACUUGCCAAGGGACAGCUCAGUGCUGCCAGUAUCCAAGUCACCACAUACGGUCCAUCGUUGAAGAAGGCUGGAUCAUAUCUGAAGGCUGCUGUCUCUGCUGGGAUCCUCAGAGUGCAGACUGGCGGUAACAAUGUCAACUUAGUCAAUGCACAACCACUCCUAGCUGAGCUGGGCCUAGAGAUUACUGUGAACAAUGAGGAUGCAGCCCCAGCCAAUAGCAAGGCUUCUGUCGCCGUCACCAUCACCGUGGGCGGCAACCCCCACAGACUGGGCGGAGCCGUGUUUGGCACCAUCCCACAGCUGGUCGAGGUCGACAGCGCGACCUUUGACACAGGUUGCCCUCUAUCUGGUAACUGGCUCCUGUACAGGUCACAGAACGCAGCUGCUGCUCUUGCCGCUGUUGCCAGUGGACUUGGAGAUAAGAACCAACUCCUUGCCUUCUCAUCCAGCGCCCAGACCAACGGCGAAUCAUGGAGCGUUAUCAAAUUGGCAACACCGCAGCCCGGAGUAGAAGCGCUUGCUGGGGCUGUGUCCAGUGCUGUGACCUGUAGCAUCUAAAGGGUCACCCAAGAUCACUCUCGUGCCGCUGUAUCCGACCUUCCUUAUCUAAGUUGCGUCCAAAGAGCGCUAUCAAGUUGGCAACACCUCGGUUCCACGGCUCACCUGGUGCUGCAUGCAACAGUGAACGCAACACAAAGUGUGGUAUUUUAUUAGAAAUACCCUUGCCCAGAAAUAUCUGUUUUAAAGGCCGGCUGUACUAGUUCAGCCAGAAGGGAUUAGACCACACAGUGAGGUCACUGACAGGUGGCUAUCUCAU